CGAAUCUUCCCCCUUGACACCCUCGCAACCAAAAAUCUCUCAGGACACCCAGCAACCAAAACAAGAUGCCGGGACACGACGAGGAGCACAAGGGUGGUGCGGGUAGGCACGAGCACGGUGGUAAGGGAGAAGAAGAACACGGAAGGCCGGGACACAAGCACGAGGGUGGACCUCCCCCUGGCGGAAGGCCCGGCCGCAGGGGCGGCAGGCGUGGACACAAGGGAAAGAGGCGCCCCGACGACGAGGACGACACUGACGACGAGGACAGCGAGGAGGAGGACGACGACGACGACUGCUGUGACGACGAGGAGGAGGAGAAGUUCCCCGGCGUGCGGAGGGCUGGCCGCGUCGCCGGCAAGGCCUGGAAGAAGGAGCACGGCAUCCUCGGGAAGAUCAAGGACCUGAACCCCCAACAGAAGAAAGACAUCCGGACUGCCAAGAGGGAGGCUAGGAUGGCCUUCAGGAAGAACGCCCGCCAGGAGGCCCGCAAGUGAACCAACAUGCAAGCAUGACUGCAAAAACCAGAUCGCCUCGAGGCGAAGACACGGCGCAUCCUGUGGUGGGAAACAACGGUCAUCAGCUGGGAAACAACGGUCAACAACGGUCAUCAGCCGUGAAUUGUCGGGUCAAUGUGGUGUUCGGAAGGCCACCACUGUUUGUCCGCCACGGGCUCUUGCUUUCUUUAUAUUGCGUAUUGAAGGAGUGAGCGUUUUGUGUUUGGUGUAGAUACAUAUACAUAAAUGCACAUAUCCUUCGUCGAAGUACGAAGUGGGAAGGAAAGAGCAAAGAAAGAGUGCUCCGAGAGCGGUUGACAUCUUGAUCAUGUGUUUCGAUCUCUUGGUUGGCAAUCGAUGCAUGCGAUACUGUACUACAGUAUUUUUCUUCGAGACUAGCUGGUUUGUUGGUGCUAAAUGCUCGUGCGCUGGGUUGUCCUUGGGACCAAACCCCCGUAGUGAUAUAACACCAACCCAGUUGAUAGCCCAGUUGAUAGCUCUAGAUAUUCCUAUGGAUUCAUGUGUGCAUAUCGUAGAGGGAGGAAGGGGCGGAAGGGUGGGUGAACACGAAGGAUUAUGCGUGCAUGCAUCGGCGUUGGGCGACGAGCCACAAUAAAUUUCUCUUUUGCGUUGAGGUAAUCUCCUGGAGUUGUUUUGUGUAGAGACGGAUUUCAGCGUUGUUGCUUCAGUUUCCGAAGCGUUUUGCCUCGUGGACCCCCACUAUCGCCCUGGGGGUAUCGUGUAAAACCUGCAAACGAAAAGAAUACGCUUCCAAU